AAUUCCGACGUUUGGUUGUUGUUGUUUUGUUGUUUUGGGUUAGGGCUCGAGGCUUGGAUAAGUCGGGGUGUAUUUAGGGCCUUGAGUCGGGGUUUGUGUGUUGUGGCCCCCCACUGGAGCAAAUUGGUCCAUGGGCCGCAGUAUGUACCGCUGAACCACUGCUGUUGUCGACCGAGUCUCUGCACCUCUGCCGGCCGAUGAUGCCCGCCUAGCGCCAUGGCGUGGAACUGGUACCGGUGCUACGUGCGCUGGCGGCACGGUGCUCGCCGCCUGCCGCGCCGCCUCCUGCUGACUGUGGUGUGCGUGCCGCUGCUGCUCGCCGCGCUGGUGUUCUUCCGACUACGCGCCGACCCGGUCUCGGCGCCGCUCGGGCAGCGCAAAUACGAGCGGGCGCUGGCGCUGAGAGACCCGCCGCCGGUGCAGGAGGCGCAUGGAGACGAUCGGAACAGACGGCGGGCCCCGCCCGAGCCUGUGAAGGCGGUCCCGCCUGAGCUCUUGAGGCCGGCCGCGCCCGAGCCUGUGAAGGCAGCCCCUCUACACGGCGGAGUGGAGGCGGAGAUCCAGCCGCCAGCCGCGAAGCCUCCCGACGUUCCAGUCGGCGUGAGACCGGAAGUAGCGACCCUCUACCGGCUGCCCGAGUUCACCUGUCUUCGCAGUGGCGAGGUGCUGCCGCGGUCGCGCAUCAAUGACGACUACUGCGACUGUGCCGACGCCACGGACGAGCCCGGCACGGCGGCGUGCGCGCACGGCUCGUUUCACUGUCAUGGCGUCGACAUCCCGUCCAGCCGCGUCAGGGACGGUGUGUGCGACUGCUGCGACGGGUCGGACGAGGUCGGUGGGCCGACGCCCGCCUUCCGCCAGCCUCCAGAGGUACAGCGGAGGCUGGGCCGCUACCAGCCGCCGUGUCCCAACACGUGCAGGUAGGACUUCUGGGACACUUGGCGGCGGUCGUUGUGAACGCAAAGUUUGUGAGUCGUCCGCUAGUUCUGUAUGGCGUGGUGGCACGGAGCGAAAGGGUAGGCGAACGUUGGGCUUCCAAUGGCAUGAACUGCUGGAGUGGAAUUCGAAUUUCCAUGGGCAUGGAAGGAUUCACGGAAGGCGUUUUUUCAAACUGCUGGUUAUUAGGCACUGCUGGGAAGAGAUGUGAUAUGUGGCGAACUGUUUCUAGCAUGAAAGCCGACCCCUUUGAGCGUAAACGACUGUUCCGGUGUAAAGUUACACGUAGAAGUGCAAGCAUAAUUGUGUAAGUUAUAGGAUAUGAGCGACUGAUCAGUGUAACACUAUGUGUAUACACUCACUCGUCAAGAGGCUACUACCGCAGCAUAGCUCUGCGGUUGUUGUUUAUCGUCUGUUGGUUUAGCACUUGCGUCAUAGUUGAACCACCUACUCCUCUCGUGGCAUUCGGCAUCCAGGAUAUUGGCUAUCAAGGUCGAGGGAUGCUGACGAUAACUAUGGGAUGCCAACUUCCCUCGAGUGUUUUAGCGAACUGUCUCGUGCGAGGCUGUGCUAAUGUUUGUAUAAAUAGUCUUAUAACGGUGUUUGCUAGUUAUGCUCAGGAGAUGUUGUUUCUUUUGUACCAAAGGUUGUGACGAAUUCAUUGUAACACAGUUACCUCCUCUUAUGCAUUCCAAGUUUUGCUGGUUUGAUUUGCCUGAAUUUUGCGAUGCCUACUAUUUUAGCGGUGGACGCCAAUGAUCAUCGCAGUCUGGGCGCCCUAAACCCCAAAUCAUACUACUAUUUUGACGGAGAAAUUUUGUGCAGCUGUUAAGGCGUAGGUAUUUCCCGCUCUAGACGGAGGUCAACUUGUCCUGCAUAGUUAGAUCUGCGAAGCACACAGUGUGUGUAUAUUUGUGGAACGCAAUAUACUGGAGUGUUUACGCCGUGAAUAGAA